GAAUGCGCAAUUAAUAUAUUCUGCAUAACAUUUUACUUAUUUGCCGAAAUAAUCAAUAAGGUGAUCCACGUGCGGUAUCUCUCGCUGUUAUCCCGCAAAAAAGAUGCAGUUGGGAACAGUGCUUAACGUAUUUCGCAGUUGUGUAGUAGAAUUCGCGGUUUCAAAAUGUGUGCUCGCACGCGCGAGUAGCCAAACGAAUAAGAAAUAAUAUUAUUUUCGUAGUACCGAUUCCAAAUUAUUCUUCUGGAUAAAUCGCUCCUGCUUAAAUUGUGCUUGCAAUACGCAAUUUCAUCUGUUAUGUAUCUCAUGAACGAUCUUACGAGGGAACAGUAAAGUUUGGCGCCAGUAUAACCUCUCUUUCGUACCGCGAGAUUUUUUUUUAAAUGCAAUUUUCACCGAUAAUAUCUCGGUAGCUCACGUGAAAAAUGAAGGAGCUGGAGGAAGUCAAUUGCGAGAUUCGCAGGAUCGUGAACCUACAAUUUCCUGUGUCAAAUCGAUUGAGAAAUUCAGAGAUUGAGGAGCAUGGCCAGUCUGUAAUCUCCCAAGAGCAUAAUAGUGAUAGCGAGUGCCGUGGAGGAUUUCUACAUAAUGUAACAUAUGCAUGGCUGAGUUAUGGCUGCCGCCUAGUAGUCUUCAAUGUAAAAAUAGGGGAAAGUAUUAGCAGUUGGACAUUUCGUGGGAUUGUAACAUCAGUUUCUUAUUUUCCUGCACAAUCUGGAGAAUUUCCGCUGCUGCUGGUUGGAAUAGAUAACUGUGCGAACAAAUUAAAAGAUUCCUUUGGGUUAUUGUGUAUAUUUGACUGUACAACAUCUCGUGUCUUGAGAGCAAUUCAUAUGCCAUGCGGUGUGGAACAAGUAUGUGUUGUGUCAGGUGGUGCAGAAUGGGAAGAGUUCAAUGAUAAAAGAUUGGAUAAUGUACUAAAUGAGAUGGAUGGAAUAGCUUGUGUAGUCUUGCGUAAUCUUCAGCAUAUCAUGAUUGAUCUUCGAAGACAUACAUGGGACAUAUACGAUUUAUCCUCUGUUAUGGAUGAAAUGUCACCAGCGGAAUUGGAUUUUCUAUCAUCGAAACAAAUUGUCGGCAGGCAUCAGUCCAAUCGGGAAAAACAUGCUGCUUACAAUUUGUUGAAUAGACGUAUAGAAAAGCACAUUGGUUUUAAUAGAGAAGAUUUCGAAUCAUCUCCUUUACUCAAUGAGAGUUUGACCACUGCAAUUAUUAGUUCUGUGAAGAUCGGUUGUUUAAUCUCUGGCUGCUUAGGCAGAGUGAUAAUUUGGCAAAAUGACGGUUCUAUAAGAUGGAUUAGCGCACCUAUCGAUGAUAAUAUGGCAGUCACGCAUCUGGCCUUGCUAGAACCUACAGAUGAUCCUAGACCGUUUUAUUAUUUGUGGGUAGUAUUUCAAGAUGAGUUAUCGAGAACACCACCGGUAUUGCGAAUGUACGCCAUGUUAUUUGAGAGAAAAUAUUAUGACAGAGAUGUCAACUUGUAUUUCAACCUGGAAGACGAUCCCAGUCUCAAGUUUGAGUCGGAAUUAAGCGAGGGAGAUAGGAUCGUUGGCUUGUGCACUGUCGAGAGAGAGUCCAAUUCUGAACAGACGGAGUCAAGCGUCAGAAGAGGCGAGGAUAAUCUGUUGCUCAUCACCACCGAUGAAAGAAUGUUGUUGUUUGAUCUAAAUCAAUGGUACAAAGAACAGAUGCCGCGCACUAUUAAUGAGUGUCAGAAUCCAAAUAGCAUAUUAGCGACAUAUCGCACGCGAUUAGACGCGCAAAACACGGACAAUCAGGUGAUAAGUUUCGCGUAUGUUCCACUCAGUUUGCAAGAGUUUCCCAGCUUGGGCCCGAAUUCACCUGAAGAAUUAUUCUAUCCCAAUUCCUUGUCGCUCGAAUGGGUGGAGUUGAGUUCGAAGAGACUAACAUUCUGGAUGACUCGCGGCAUUCAAGCAGAUCUACUGCGCGAAAUGGCUAUGGCUGGUCCGAGUAUACUAAUACAGCCGUCUGAAACGUUCCAUAGAUGUCUCUCUGUUGGGUUGGUGCCAUUUAACUCGGAAUUCACAUUUGCCAGCGAUCAGAACGCGCAACGGGAAAUGUUGUUAUCGCUUUGCUUGGAGCAACGGUGGUCCACCUUUCUGGUAAAAUGCGCCGUAGAGUGGUCAGAUGGUAGUGCCUCUUACUUGUAUCCUACUUUCCUCAAAUGGGGCAUUCAGAGAGCUUCUACGAUAAAAAUGAUCGCUGAUCGGCUCUGCGUUCCUCUGUUCGAUCAAUCGGGUAGCAGCAUCGGCGAGGCCGACGUAAAAAACCUGCGGUUUUGCUCGCAGCAGUUGGAGUGCCUGUCUAGUGUGGUGAGUAAAUUAUCGUCUGCGGUGACAGACUUAAAGAAACAACGAAGGACAUUGAAACGCGUAUCUACGUAUUUUCAAGUACUUCUUUGGUUCUAUGAUGUGGGGUUGUUGCCCGAAACACAAGACUUGGAGGAGGAAGAUGAAAGCACUUUGCCUAUCUCUUUAGCACUAAGAAUACCUUAUCCUUAUGAGAGGCUCUCGGCGCUUUACAAAGAGAAACGAGCACAGUUUCAGAAAGACAAUAGCGGCAAUGAAAAUGAACAGGAUCUAUUCAUCGAUGAAUUGAUAACGCGCGAAUGUUCUAUGUUGAAAGCACAAUGGGAAAGAGAGGGCGGCACUGCCACGGGCGGCUGUUAUCCACCGCCGUCGCUGCAGUCUUUGCUACGCAGUUAUUUAACUGAUUAUCAUCAGACCGAAGCGAAUGAGAUCAGCUGCAAGCAUCAGAUCACAAUUUAUCUCUUGAUGGAUUUGCAGGCGAUGCUGUUACAGCGGUUGUAUCCCGCGGUGAAGCAGCUGAUCAAGUAUCCGUCUGCGUUCAAGAUGACACCUAGUCUUAUCAAACUUACUCAGGCGUUUUGGCUGCUCGAUCACGAGAACUAUCAGGAAUUCCUUGACACAAUGACCGGUCAGUUAAUUUCCGAUUCCGAUGUUAAGGAUUGGCACCACAGACUCAUACUGCGCACCUUGGUGCGCAAUAAUCAGCACAAACUCGCGCUCGUAUACCUCCGCGUGAGGAAGCCUCCUUUGUCCUCCUUAGACGAACAAGGUGUGGCUGUAAGUCUCUCAGUGGAACACGGUCUUGUGCAAUCGGCCUUUCAUCGCCGGCCACCCUGUCAUUACGAACAGCUGCUAGUUUGUUUCUUCCGGGCGUGCAAGAAGUACGGCAAACUCAAUGAGAUUCUGCAUCUGGCGCUGGACACCGAGGAAGAGGAGGUGUUUGUCAAAUUUCUCGAGGAGAAUAAAACUGAAGAUUUGCGAUUUUUGUAUUAUUUGCAACGGUGCCGUUAUACGGAAGCAAUCGGCAAUCAUUCGAUUCGGCAAUACCAAUCGAAUUUUACAAAAGAUAUACAAUCCAUGUCAUUCAAUAUGCUCGACGCAUACAACAUGACUUUGCCCGAUGUCACGAAGCAAUUCUCUACAAACGGAUUAACCGCGACCAGCUCAGACAUAGAUCUAAAAGCACGUUAUUCUAGACCAAUGUCGCAUCGAAAGAGUCAUGAUAGGCUACGAAAUAUAUAUGAGACGGUGAUUGCGAAGGCUAGGGAGACCUAUCUUCGUAAUGAGAAAUAUCAAGUUCCGUUUGUCAGCGUACCAUGCAUGUCCCUCAAGUUUAACAAUAACGGGGCGAAUAUGAAUUGUGUAUCAUUCCCGACAUUAGUGCAUAAGAGUCGCAAUAACAAACGUAGAAUUGAUCAGAUCUACGACGAGAAGAACGCAGAUGUGGGUGACAUGCCGGACAGCGCAAAACGCCGAAAAUUAUCAGAUGAGAACGUCUCGUUAAAUAAAUUAGAUUUGAAAGAAUCGAAAUUGACAGCGGCCUUUGAGACACCUCUGGUAGAACGCAAAUUUAACGCAUGCACGAACAAAGAUAAUGUUCCAGAGACACCGCAAUCAAUUCUAAAAAUCAGACAACUUGCAAGGAACUCGACAUCAUCCAGUGUUGCGACACUCCAGAGGGAAGACAUUGCCGAUGGAUUGUCUCAGAACGAAAAGAAAAUCAAUAGACAAAUACGAUUCAAUAUUAAUCAAUCUAAAAAAGUCUUGACUUAUGAAGAAGAAGAGGAGAAGGAGGAAGAAGAAGAGGAAAUCGAAGAGAAGAAGGUAGAAGAGGAAGCAGGCGGCGAUAGCGUCAACGUUUCCUUAAAGACAAACGCAAACAAUGACAUGUCCCUCAGUCCAAACAAGUCGGCAUACUAUGAAAGCGCGAUCCUGAGCGACACUAGCAGUAUUACCUCCAGCAAAAUCUAUUGCUAUGCCCGUCCGCGACCUAGCCUCCGAAGAAGUGCCUUAUCCGUAGAGUCAUUACAAGAAUCUUGCGCGAAGAAAGCGAGCGGAACAUCCGCAAAUUUAUCCGCCACGAUCUCGUUAAUUGCUGAAGAGAAUACAUCAAAGAGCUGCAGCUCAUCACAAUCAGCCUCUGUUUAUUCAACCACCAUACUGUCCUCCGACAGUAACGUCGACAUUAGUUACCCAAGGACACCAGGACGCGCUAGUCCGUUGGAAUGGAGAUUAGAAAGAGAUAGUUACAACAAAUUUACCAUUUCAUCUACGCCACUGGCGAAAAGUAUAGUUUCUCAGACAUUUGUUAAGCGAGCAAUAAAAGUCGAUCAAGAUGACAACGUUAAGGACGUGGAAUCGGGAUCAUUUAUAAGCAACGUACAUGUAAUAAGAGAGGAUCUUAGCGUGCCAAGUGAGUCCAUGAAGAAUCUAAGUGAUGAACAAUCUAAUUACGAUAGAAGUGAUUUUGUAGAACGACGAGAUAGUUUAGAAAAAGACGUAUUGCAGAACAAAACUGAAAGCAAGAGCGAAAGCAAAUACAAUAAUGGAAACAUCGCGAGGGAGGAAAGCUUACGAAAUCCUUGCGAAGAACAGCCCGUAUUAUCUGAGAAGGUCUCCGAAUCGAAUUUGAUCGUCUUGGAUGAAUCCGAUAACGAAUUAAUUCGGUUGCGGGAUGACGAAGAGGACGAGGACGAACACGAGGAAACGUUCGAGAGUCUAUCCACGAAUGUAGAGGAAACGCAAUCGGAAGACAGAAUUUCCGUUCCCCAUUUAUCCGAAACUCCGAGAUACGAAACGGAAGGAUACGGCGUCGCGAAAUCUAAUGGCCUGCGGGAAUCAGUAACGCAAGUAAUGGCUGAUAUCGACUUCACCGACGACGAGUCCGUUAAGAGUGGCAGAAGCGCGACGCCGAUGAUAUCCGAUAAGACAGAUAACGAUGGAAAGAAGGAACAUUCAAUGCAGACCGUUCAUUCGGAAAAUAUAUUUUACGAUAUGUCGAAUAUUACGGACGAUGAAUCCGAUUCCAAUAUUAGAGAAAUCGAAGAAUCGAAGGCACAGAAUAUCGAAGCGGAGAAAAAUCAAAAUGAUGAAAAGAAAUCAGAUGGGAAAGGGAGUGUCUCGAAGAAAGACGUCGUUAAAGUUACAUCGCAAUUUGAUGCCGAUGAUAACGGUAUGAUAACUAAUAUAAAUGAUUCUUCGAAAGUAAACAACAACAAAACUGAAUCGACCGAAUGUCAAGAGAAACUAUCGAAGGCUGAAAGUUCCUUGAAGAACAAAUGGAAGCAUAUGGAAUCGGAGAAUAUCCCAUAUAUACAAAUUACUAGAUCACCUUUAGCGGAUUCAAUGAUAAAAGAUAAAACGAUAGAUAUCUCGUUGCAACAAGUGGAACCAGAAAGAAUCACUCGUCUGCGAAGAGGAAGUCCGAUGAUGAAAGAUGUGAUGACGAAUUCUUCAUCGCGCAAUAAAACCAAAAGGCCUCCGCGAUCACUGAGAGCGAGUUCAAUGACGAAGGAUUCACCUUCACGGAGUACAAACUCUGAAGAAGCUCCUCUAUUACAAAGGAUGACUUCAAUUACAUCAGACUUAUCGAUGCAAAAUUAUCCUUUAUCACCGCGAUUAAGAAGAGCUUGUUCGAUAACAACAUUAGAGACAAGUUCUCCGUCGGGAAGAUCGUUACGCAGCCGAAGAGCAAGUUCUCUCGUUAAGGACGUGCUAAUGAACUCACUUGUGACGGACGAAAACCUCGAAAGAUCUACGACGGAAUUGGGAAGUUCUGACGUGUCGCCGUCAGUUAAAAGAAAUCUCAGAUCUACAUCGGCGAAGAAGACUCUUCGGAUCGAGAAAGAUAGCGACUCCGAGAGCAUCAAGGACGAGCUAUCAGUGAAGAGAAGUACGAGACUUAGCUCUUCUAGUACGAGAAAAGAAUUACAGGAAGAUGCACCGAGGAGUCCCGCGAAGCUGACGAGCGACGAUAAAGAGGACAAGAGUACGAGAAAGAGAUCCUUGCGCACAAGAAAGUCCUCGGUGUCGUCCGAUACGAACAAAACAACGACGAGCAGAUCUUCCUCAAGAUUGUCCGCAAGGGGUUUGGACAAGAAGAUAACACCAGAGAAGGAGGAGGAUUUUAAGGAGACUAAGACAAGCCGAAGACGCGGCAAUUCAGUGCCUAAGGAGAUCACAAUGCAGACUGGCAGGAGGAGAAGAUCCAGUAGCAUAAUAAAAGAAAUUAUUCCGGAAGUUGCCGAGCCAUCGGAGGAGAAAUCGAGGACACUUAGGAGUUCCGUCGCGAAAAAUACGUCAGACAUUGUUAACAUGCCAUUGACGAGAAACACGCGCAGUCGAAGCGCGUCGAUACAGUCAAUCCCAGAGGAAUUGGAGAAGAUUCUUAGCCCGGUGAGGGAGACGAGAUCUGCCCAGAAGGAGGCUGCGCAAGGUAACACCAGAGAGAGAAGAGCAUCCAGCGCAGACGUGACGCACAAAGACGUGAAGAAGAGGAUCAGAAACAUUCGCGCGAGAAACAUCGCAGUGGAGCCGAUAGUGGAAGAACCGGCCGAGAGCGAGGACAGAGUAAGAUCUCAGGAGGGCGAACAGGUGGAAAGCGGAGUUGCACAAAAUAAUAUCGUGUCGAAAAGAAGAACGGCGUCGACCACAACGGUCAAGGAAGGUACAAAGCAGGAUACGAUAAAGCGGAAACGAGGUAGACCGCGCAAAAUCGACACGAGUCAAGAGUCUAGCAAUCUGUUUACCUUCUCACAGCCGGAGAAGACGGAUAUGCCAUUGGAUGAGAAAGAGAUUGGGAAGGUUCCGAAUUAUGUAUUUUCACCGCCCCAAACCAAAUCCAAAAGUAUUUCUCCGAAUCAACAUCGUAGAAAGCUAAGCUCGUUCAUACCGAGUUCUGACCAGGAAAAGGGAGAAUCACAGUCAGCUAUCCAGAAACCUCACGACAUUGUCCAGCCUGGCCGUUACUCUCGUUUGAUUGUAAAAAAUUUCAGAUCCCGAUAUCGAACAAAAUUCCUCAUACAUAAAAAAUUCAAAAGUACAACAGAUUAAACAGAAAAUUUUCCGCGAAAAAGUUCUCAUGAUUUAUCGCGUAUUUUCGACCUACAGCUUUCAUUAAAUUCAAAUUUAUUUUACGUUUUUCUUUAAAUUCCAAUAUUUUCUUGUAUUCUCGUGAUAUGCGUUUAUGCGUCAAAAUUGUCUGUAGGAUUAAUCUUAGCAAACUUUAAUUUUUAACAAUUGUAGGCGUAUAGUGAAUAUUUAAAAUUUUUUCUAUCCUGAUACAGAAAUAAAAGAAAUAUUAUGAAACACAUUUUACGAGCGUAAAAUUGUCGAUUAGUUUCAGUUUCUAUGUUCUCUGCUGGGAUAUAGUACAAAGUAAUUUUUCGCUGAUAUAUAAACAAUCACAAAUAUUUGACGAAUGAAGAUAGAUUGAAUCAUUGGAUUAGAUGUUUAAGCGAUAAAUUAAUAUUAAAUGUUUUUAAUUGAUCAAUUGUCUUAUAAAGUGAAAGAUUUCGUGCAUUUCGCUGGGACCACAUAUGGAAACGAGAAGAAGUUUUGUUAUCUUUCGAUGUUAUUUUGUAGAGAUAUCAAAUUUACGUUAUCGAUGUUUUAUUCAAUUUUGUUUUCUUCUUUUUUUCCCGCGAACAACUGAACUUGUCUCGAUAGUAUAUCUGGUUAAUUAGAGAGACAAAGCAAUUUUCUUUUCUUUGUUUAAAUUGGGAUAUAUUUUAAGUUGUGGUUGUGUGUUAUCGACUGUAGCGGCAGUACUUGAAAUAUAUGCUAGUACGCGCGAUAUUGAUUAGAAAUAUAUUUAAGAAACAAAAAAAAAAUAUAUGCAUGUAAUUCUCAUGCGAAGUUUGUUUUAGCAAUCCAUAUGCCUGUAAAAGUCAUUUAAAUUGUGCCACAUGCUGCGUGUCAGUUGUAUGGACAGAUGCUAUUUCAUUUAAAUUUCGAAUAUAUUAUUCUAACAAGCUACGAUUGAAUCUGUCGCUUCUCGAAAAUAUAAACUUAAAUGAUAAACUAUCAUUGAAAUUGUAUCAAUAUCGUUUUUUUCUCUAACGCUCACAGUAGUAUUCAUUCCGUUUUAUGUACGCUCUUUUUUGGAGGACCCGCUGUGAAUAGAUUUUUUUUAUGUUAAUACCUCUAGAAUUUGAUUUUCUAGCGCAGAAUUCUCUCUCUGCUACAUCUUGCAUAUAAUUUCUAUAAUAUCUUUCCGGCAAAAAAAGCAAAAUGUAUCAUAUCUUUGUAAAUAAUUUAUUAAUGUACUCAUGUAUAAUACAAUAAAUGUAAAAGAAAGUAA